CGCCAAGGCGAGAGGUUUGCCAAUGCUGCGGUUCAGGAACAUGAUCGAUAUAGUGGAGGCACAAUAGAGGAGUGGGAAGGUGUCAAUGUCAUCGGUUCGAACUGGACGGAUAAGGUGAACAAAGGAAUCUUGCAGCUCCAAGAACAAGGUGCCCUGCAAGCUCUUUACAUGAAAUAUUGGAAGGAUCGCUCCAAGUGCCCUGACACCACUAAGCAGUUCGACCAGCCUCAACUAGACUUACCUCAUCUAGGUGGGAUCUUUGUGGCGCUAGGAAUCAGUAUAUUCCUGGCUCUUUUGAUCGCCUUCGUAGAAGUGUUUCUCUACGUCCGCAAAAGAGACUUGACUCAGUCCCUGAGCGAGGCACUGGUUGGCGAAUUUCGACAAAUCUUCGGUCUCGCCGGUUCAUUGCCUUCUGAUCGGCAAGUGCUGACCGAAAACUCCUCAUGAAGUAUCGGACAUCAAGUAGUUUCCAAAAAUCGUCUCACUUUCUUGCUGUCGUUGACAAUACAUGUACUGUUUUAUGCUACUGGAUGGAAGAAACUGGGCCGUUGCGAAGGUCUUAAGCCUACUCAAGUUGUGAGAAAACGUAUGAAAGAGUAGGAUAUUAAUUAUACUGAAUACGUCAACUACACAUUGUAGAGAAAACAUGGAUUAAACUAAACUAGAAACAGGUCUCUGCUCCCAAGCUCUUGCACCAGUGUUAUGACAGUAGUUAUUUAGGCUAGGACUGACAAAGGCGUGCACAACGCAGAGAUUCAAAGCCCCAGAGUUCUUUAUCUAUAGAAAGUCGAUUUUACAUCCUUCAUAACCUCCCAGUCUCUCCGGCCCCAGUCGAGUGAAACUCGUCUCAUCGAAUUUCGCAGAUCUUAUUCAAGAAACUGAUAUGAUGAUGGGAAGUAUCCAACGAAUUGAGCAAAAAAUG